AUGGGAGACAAUAACGACGAGGUCAUCCUCACAGACGUUGUGGUGGCUCGGCCCACCGUGGCAGAACAAAAUGAACUAAUUGCACAACUGAUGCAGCAGAUAGCAGAUAUGAGGGUCGAGAUGCAGCGAAGGCAGGACACGCCUCCACCCGGAUUCGGCCCUAAUUUUGUUGAUGCGAGGCCUCCGAUGUACUUCCCCUCGUCCAAUUUGGAUCCAACUCAGAACCAGCCGUCAACACCCGUGCAUAAUCCGUCUGGGAUAGAUUUAACAACCCAAAACCCCCAAUAUGCUUCCGAGAGAGAGUGGAAGGCAAGGGAAGAAGAAAAGAUCGACAUAAAGGAGGAGAUUAAAAGGGCAAUGAAAGAGUUACAAUGCGUUCUAGACGUCGCCGGAUUGAGCUAUGCGGAAUUGUAUAUCCACCUAGACUUGAACCUUCCUGAAGGGUUCAAAAUUCUGAAGUUUGAUACAUUCGGAGGGGUAGGCAACCCCAUGGCGCAUUUAAGGGCUUACUGCGACCAACUCGUGGGAGUUAGCAAAGAUGAGGCUUUACUGAUGAGGUUGUUCAGCCGGAGUCUGUGCGGUGAGGCCCUGGAAUGGUUCACGUCACACGAAACUCGCCAGUGGCCUAGUUGGAGCGCGUUAGCUAAAGACUUCAUCGAUAGAUUUGCGUACAAUGUUGAGAUAGUACCUGAUCGAUAUUCCUUAGAGAAAAUGAAGCAGAAAUCAACAGAAAGCUAUCGGGAAUUUGCCUACAGAUGGAGAAAAGAGGCAGCGAGGGUGAGGCCUCCAAUGACUGAAAAGGAGAUUGUAGAAGUGUUCGUACGGGUGCAAGAGCCCGAAUACUAUGGCAGAAUCAUUUUGUUAAUCGGAGCCAAGUUCGUCGAGAUAGUCAAAGUUGAUGAGACUAACGUAGACGGCCUGAAGUUGGGGAAGAUAGCCCGAGUAUCAGCAUCGCCUGGAUCUUCCGGACUGGUGAGGAAGAAGAGAGAGGAGGUUGCCGUUGUUUCAUACAGGGGAAGAAAAGUACCCAGGAACUCGUCGCGUCCUCAAGACCGCUCUAAGCCUCCACCAAAGUCUCACCAAGCCUAUCGUCCACAAUCCAAUCAUUCUGGAAACUGUAAUGCUGCCCCGACUUAUCCAGAUGCCCAAAUUUUGUCAUAUCAAAAUCCGCCCCCAAAUCUCCAAAAUUUUCCCUCCGUGUUUGAAAAGAGGCCCUCCAGAAACUUUACCGCGCUGGCUGAAAGCCGAACCAAGCUGUUCAAAAGAUUAUCUGCGGCCGGAUACAUCCACCCUGUAGGGCCCAAGCCCGUGGAUGUCAACUCUAAAUUCUACAAACUGGAGCAGAGAUGUGCUUAUCAUUCCAACAGUCCCGCGGAGCCGAACGUCAAUACAAAUCCGCUGCCGAAUCGUGGGGGUGGAAACAUCAACAUGAUAGAAACAGACGAACAUGAGUGUGAAACCAAGAGGAUUACUCCUGUUACGGAGGAAGACUUGGAAAAGGUUGUCUCUUCUUUAAGCGUCAAGGAAAAAGGAGAGUUCGUUAUUAUGACACCUGCGAAGGAUGUUGCCUUGGUGCCCUCACAAACUCUUUCCAAACCCAAGUUUGUCAUAGAAACAGUCGUGGCCCAAGGCAUGACUAGGUCUGGGAGAUGCUACACUCCUGAUGAGCUUGCUCUCGGAGGACAAAAUAAAGACCAUGCCAAGAGACCAAUAAGUUAA